UAAUUGCUUAAUAGGUCGACUGGCAUUGAAUGGAGACCAAGGAGCCUAUCCGCCUUAUCACUAACGCAAGGUAGCAGAUAAAAAUAGCGACCCCGUUAUUCCAGUUCUCUUUAAAAAGUCAAGGUCGUUGUUUCUCAUUCUACACUCAAAGGAAAGAGAUUCGUCGUUAUUCCCACCACGAGAGUGUUAUGAGUAAUCAUACAAGUAAUCUACGUGGUUUUGAGGACGGAGUUCAUGGACUAACCAAACGACAUCGGGAAACUGUUCGAUGGUGCUAUAUGUUUUAUCAGCAUAUGUAAUAGUAAUACGACUUCUUGCGGUUUGUACUUACAGGAUCUAAACCCACUCUUGCUGUGUUUUAAAAUGUCAGACUUAUCGCACGUCAACGUCCAGAAAUCCUUGCCUGCAGUGUUCAUUGUACUGGCAGUAUUAACUUUUCCUUCGUAUAAUACAGUUUUAGGCACCCAAGAGUGCAGUUCUAUCAACUGGUACCAUUGGAACCGCACCUACAGCGCCGACUUCAGGGACUCUGCCCAGUGUUGUGCCCAGAGCAUUGACAACUGGCUGGGGCUCUUCAGGCUGCAGGAGUACCAGCAGCGCGACAAGACGCUUUCCUACAUCGUGUUUGAGAACAGAACCUUUUGGGAUCGAAUAUGCAGGCAGUGGCUUGCCUCAGCUCGGUGUGUGCAGGCCCUUCAACCAAAGUGCAGCGUCCAGUGGGGGUCACAAUUUCUUCGCAACCGGAGUCACAGUCCGACUGCUUUCAGAGUUUUGACCCAUGGGCAGUAUGCCUUUUACGACAGAACCUGCGAUGGCGACAGAGUUAGUCCUGCAGUGACCAAGUUGUGUUUUCACAAAGACGUGCGGCGUUCCUGCCUGACAAACACUGAAGCCGAGCGUUUUAAGAACUGCACGGGUCUCACCAUGACUGAAAUCUAUAAUACACCCGGGAACUUCUACCAAGUUUAUAUGGAAAAUAAAGAACGCUGGGAUGGAUUGGCUAGGGCAGCUUUGCGGUGCAUGCGAGACGUGAUUAAAUCCUCGAGUUGCGCUCAGCAUUCGCAAGACUUUUUCUGGCACCUUGCCAAGCUCCAGCUGCCUGCGCUGUUCAACGUGUCCGUUUUAAAUAUAGAAGAAUCCGUGAAAGAUUCGCCUGAAGUAAACUUCGCCGACUUAAAACGCUGCACUGUUGGAGUGUACGGAGAUCCCCACUUGCGUCUAUGUGAGCAGAGAAGACUGGUCACGUGCUCAGCUCCAGGACGACAAGUGUUUCUAAGCAACCAGUUCGUGGAAAUACAAGGCAGCAAUGAGCUUGUCAACCAAAGCCAUGACUCUAGAGCCACUACUUUGAAGUGGUUAAGAAUUACCAUGAAAAGUUAUGACGGCAAAACAAUGCUGGCCACCUACACAGCAUCGGGCGGGAAACUGCCAGAGACGUUUGACGAUGGCAGCAGAACUGUCCUGGGACAAGGGAAGGACAAGAUCAUGCUGAUGACUGGGUUUGUCACGAGGGUCGUAAUAUCUCAGUAUGCUGUGGGCGUGGUUUACAUGGUGAGACACUGGAAAGGGAACUACUUUUUUAGUGUGCGCAUGGCGGAAAACAUGGUAUGGGAAUCAUUUGGCCUUCUUUCCACUGGGUGCCCCAAACAGGAAUUCAUAGGCCUCGACAAGUGGAUUGGUCACUGGAAAAAUGGCCUCACACGUUAUGGACCGUCUAGAGUGCGAAGACAAAUAAGAGUAACUAAGUGCACAGACGCCUGCAAAGAUAUAAAGGACGAAGACUUCCAAAGAGCAUGCAAGUUCGACUGUAUCGUGACGGAUGACCCUCAGAUUUCCACAAUGACCCGAGUUGGCGUGACAGAUGUGCGUGAAAUAGUGAAGUCUGAUCCUGAAGCAAUUAAGAUGGCUGUCAAAAUUCAUUCAUCUGGGCGUUCUUCUAAAUCCAGUACAUUGUGGAUACUGAUGCUUUUUGUCAUUUCCUUCAAUACUCUUUGAUUCUCUUUAGACUUAUAUCUAAUCAGAAAUGUAGUGACUUUUAAUUUAUUGCUACUGUAUCAGCUUAAGCAUUUCAUACGCCGUUAAAAUGACGAAUUUUUCCUUUUUUUUCGAAAAGGAUUCCUAUUACAAUUUAAGUUAAGGUUGUGUUUGUAGCGCAGUGUGAUGUCUUUCAAUUAACGGUUGAUUUUGGCCUUUUUAAAAUACGUUCGUUUUGUUUAUUAAUGGACAGUUAAACACUAUGUAUGCCUAACGAUCCAGUGUAAGACUUUAUAACCGUGUUUACGUUAGAUAAUAGAAGUCUACUUCUAUGGUUAGAUGUACGCUGUCGUCUCAAGGUAUAACAUCUGAGCCUACAUCGAAUCAUACAUAUCACUGGGAUGUUAAAACAAAAUGUUGUUUUGUAGUAUAUAUCAAGGGCAAAAUCUUUCCCUGGAAUUAGGUGGUAACUGUCGUAGAAAUUUUGCUAUUUCAGACACUGUGUUUAUUAUGAAAGAAUUAUGCUGGUCGUAAUUCUUGUUUCAACAGCUGAUUGAUAUUUGUUUAAAACGGAAUAAAUUAUGUUUUUUUCUUCCAA